AUCCCAGUGGGUGGGAGCUGGAGGCGGGGCUCCCUGAGGGGCGGGGAAGGACUAGGGUGCGGGGAGGGGGUUGCAGAAGGAGCCGAGCGGCUUCUGCUCAAUGGCGGAAAAGCCGCCAGUGCUCUGACUGCCUCCUUCCCCUAGCAGUUGCGGGGGAGUUUCCUGCCGGCGCGGCUGGAGUCUCUGAUUCUCAGGGUUAGGUGGUUGGAAGAUGCUCCAGAGAGACGAGGCUGCGGCGGAGGAGGUGGCGGCGGCCGAGUCGGCAACGGCGCUGGGGUGGAGAGAAGGCAGCAGCGGCGGCGGCGGCGGCGUGAGGGGCCGGGCGGUGUAAACAGCCCCGGAGGCGGCGGAGGCGGUCGGUGGUCGAGACCCCGAGGGGGAAGCGGCGGCUGAGUCAGGGUCGCGCCUCCGUUGGAAACUUGGGUUGAGUACCGCGGCGGGCGCGAGCGAGGCGCCCUAGACAUCUUCUCCCUCCCUUGCCUCAGAUUUAUUGCUAAACAUGGGUGCAUUUUUGGAUAAACCCAAAACUGAAAAACAUAAUGCUCAUGGUGCUGGGAAUGGUUUACGUUAUGGCCUGAGCAGCAUGCAAGGAUGGAGAGUGGAAAUGGAAGAUGCACACACAGCUGUUGUAGGUAUUCCUCACGGCUUGGAAGACUGGUCAUUUUUUGCAGUUUAUGAUGGUCAUGCUGGAUCCCGAGUGGCAAAUUACUGCUCAACACAUUUAUUAGAACACAUCACUACUAACGAAGACUUUAGGGCAGCUGGAAAAUCAGGAUCUGCUCUUGAGCUUUCAGUGGAAAAUGUUAAGAAUGGUAUCAGAACUGGAUUUUUGAAAAUUGAUGAAUACAUGCGUAACUUUUCAGACCUCAGAAAUGGGAUGGACAGGAGUGGUUCAACUGCAGUGGGAGUUAUGAUUUCACCUAAGCAUAUCUACUUUAUCAACUGUGGUGAUUCACGUGCUGUUCUGUAUAGGAAUGGACAAGUCUGCUUUUCUACCCAGGAUCACAAACCUUGCAAUCCAAGGGAAAAGGAGCGAAUCCAAAAUGCAGGAGGCAGCGUGAUGAUACAGCGUGUUAAUGGUUCAUUAGCAGUGUCUCGUGCUCUGGGGGACUAUGAUUACAAGUGUGUUGAUGGCAAGGGCCCGACAGAACAACUUGUUUCUCCAGAGCCUGAGGUUUAUGAAAUUUUAAGAGCAGAAGAGGAUGAAUUUAUCAUCUUGGCUUGUGAUGGGAUCUGGGAUGUUAUGAGUAAUGAGGAACUCUGUGAAUUUGUUAAAUCUAGGCUUGAGGUAUCUGAUGACCUGGAAAAUGUGUGCAAUUGGGUAGUGGACACUUGUUUACAUAAGGGAAGUCGAGAUAACAUGAGUAUUGUACUAGUUUGCUUUUCAAAUGCUCCCAAGGUCUCAGAUGAAGCGGUGAAAAAAGAUUCAGAGUUGGAUAAGCACUUGGAAUCACGGGUUGAAGAGAUUAUGGAGAAGUCUGGCGAGGAAGGAAUGCCUGAUCUUGCCCAUGUCAUGCGCAUCUUGUCUGCAGAAAAUAUCCCAAAUUUGCCUCCUGGGGGAGGUCUUGCUGGCAAGCGCAAUGUAAUUGAAGCUGUUUAUAGUAGACUGAAUCCACAUAGAGAAAGUGAUGGGAUGGCAGUCUUGGGCACAUCCAUUGGUAAACCUGCUGAGAGCUCUGGUGACAAGAAAGGCAGUGGCUGGCAGACCUUCCAAGCACCCAGAAGCACACGGACAAAAAGGUUUCUUUGUAAACCCGAACGAAAAAUAAACCCAGCAUUAUAUAAUUAUAGUAUUUGUACUGUUGUUAACCUUUAAUCUUAUAACCCAUUAGUGGAGACAGAGAAGAACUGUCACUGUGCCCUUCAAAAUCAUAUUUUUUCCUGUCCAUGUGAUAAACACCUGUGGCUUCUUGGCAGCACUUUUGGUUUGAUUCCAGGGACUCUUAUGGUUAAAGGCAGGCUUUAAUCUGGCAUUGUUUUCCUUCUCCUAAAAGCAUCAUUUAAAUCAGAAGUUACUGGAUUUCUAAAUGGUUAAGACCAUCUUCCGACUGGUUUUUACCAUUCCCAGAUCUCUUCCAAAAGGAGGUGGUGUGCAUAGUUAAUAUGAAAGGAACUGGCUUGUUCUACGUGAAUACAAAUCUGAAUAGCUCUUCUAUAUUAGACCUUUUUUUUGGCUUUAGUGACUUCUAAUAUCUAUAUUUAGAAAUGUAUAGCAAAUUGAGAUAUAUAUGUGUGUGUGUGUGUGUGUGUGUGUAGCUAUGUGUAUAUAUAUAUACAUAUACAUACUAUUUAUUUUGGGGGCUUUUGGCUUUUUUAGGGUGGGACACAUGAAUCUGGCAGUUGAGACAGAAUGUUUCCUAUAGCGGUGUAAUAGUGUACAAUACUAAACUAAUGAAAUGUCUUUCACCAUCAACAAUUUACGUAUCCAUGCUGAUUGUUUUAACACUAGAAAAAAUAUGCCAAAAUAAACUACAUUUUCUAAUCUGCUUUCACACCAAAAAAACAACACACACACAGCUGCUUGCCCAUUUGAGAACAGCCAAUAAAGCAAACUCUUUGAAUGAUUUGUGGUUUUGUGUCCCCAAAAGUUUUAACAUAGUAGUUCUGAAGAUUUAUUGUGUGUGUGUGUUUCAAAGAUAGAGUAAUAAAUUUUAUAGCUGGGCAGAUCUUUAACGAUAUAGUUAUAAAAUCUCAAAGUUGAGAAAACGCUGAAUGCCAGAUGAUCUUUCAGCAGCCUCUGGUCUGAGUGUCAGGAAUGAGUUCAUUUCCAUCUUUGAUCAGCUCUGCCUGUCCUAUUGCAACUCUGCUUCUUCUACUCAGUUGUCUUAUUAGCCCUUGGGGCUAUGAAAAUAAAUAUUUAAAAGCUCCUGGAACCCACAAAAAACACUGAGCCUUGAGAGAGAUGUAGCUGAUCUGAGUCACAUAUGGUAACAACUUUUUAUUUCCCUGAUUAUUCUUCCUGUUCUGUACAAUGACUAGAGAGAAUAAAACUACAUCAGGUACAAAAACCACCUGCCUUCUUAAUUAAUGACCUUUGUUAUAGAUUAACUUCUCCUUUGUUGUCCUGCUUCUCUUAGACCAGAUUACAGAAAACCCAGAUGACAGAAACACCCUCUGUAAAAGGUAUUCAGUGUACCUUUCCCAAGAGAAACACUGCCUGUAACCAAAUUGCUGUAACUAUGUGCCAACCUUGUAAGAAAAAUGUUGCAAUCCUGCCAAAAACUCCUGUCUCUGCCUACGUAAAUGGAACCUUCAGCACGCUGACUCCAUUCCUUUGGAGCCGGUGCUCCUGGGUGGGCUGUCCUCAAACUCUGCGCUUGAAUAAUCUCUGUUUAAAUUAGAUUCUGACCUUUUUGAUGAUUUUCAGUUGAUAGGGCCAAAAUUUAACCACAGCUAUUAGGAUGACUCCCAGCAUAUUCUUUUUUCUGUCUCCCAUUAUUUCAUUGAUUACCAUUAUAUAUCCUAACUCCAACUGUCUUCACCAUCCAGGACCCUUUUCUCCCAAUGUGCUCUCAUUUUCUUGAUCAUUCUUAAAGUAUGCAACCCAGAACUGAGCAUUUAUGUGUAGCAGAACUGUCUCAUCCUUUAUUCUCAUUAAUACUUUUCUGUUCUUCUAUUUAACCCCCAAAUAUUGAACUAGAUUUUCUGGCAACAGUAACUGCAUGUUACUGUUUGAGUCCUUCAAGCUUAUUUUUACUGCCUGUAAGCAAUCUUUUUCCAUUCCAUACUUGUGUGGUUGGUGUUUUGGUUAACCUAUUUUGCAGGACGUUUAUUUGUUCCUAUUAAGUUUUCUUGGGUAAAAUUCAUUAACCUUUUGAGUUGGUUGUGGAUUUAUCUAAGAUAUCUAAAUAUCUAAGAUAUUUAGCUAUCUUCUUUCCAGUUACUCAAAAAUUUCAUACGUAAACCUCCCAUACUGAAUGAAACAGGUCCAAGUACUGAGGCCCUGUGGGAGGCCUCAGAAACUUCUCUUCAGUAGGAUGCAAAUUGACCAAUCUUUUACUCAAUACCCAUUAGGUAAGAAUUUCAGCAAUGUGCUGAUCAACUUAUCUGCUCAUAUUUCUCCAGUUUAUCUACAAGGAUAUAAUAGGAUUUUACAUUCUUCGCAGAAGUCCCUUGCAUAUAACCCAACUUGUGGAGGUUUCACUUUGACCUAUUCCUCUAGGUCCUUGCAAAUUUCUGGUGUUGGUUUCUGCUUGUGGUAUUGCUUGCAUUAUUUAUGCAUUUUAAAAACUCUGAGCUUGUUAUAAUUCUUCCUGUGUAACGGCUGAUUUCUUGGUUUUGUUUUUAUUGUUGUUUUAUUAUUUUUAGGUGCCUCUGCCUUUUUAUUCUGUAUGUUAUACUUCAAUUAAAAUAUUUUUUAAAAUAUCCCUGAUGCAUUAAAAAAAAUCAACACUACAAGUUGCUCUGCAACCUGAAGGCCAACUGUAGCAGUGUAGGUUGAUCAAGGUAGAACAGUGCCUCACCCACAGACACCAUUCAUAUCACAGACAUGUGGACUUAGAUGCAACCACUCUCCAGCAAGUAGCAGGAAAGUGUUCUAAUUCUAAUAAAACUAGUAUAGUUAUAUUGCAACAAAUACCUGACAGGUGGAAGUAACGUGACUUGCAAAAAAAAAGUGCUUUUUUUGGAAGUGGUUUUUCCAAUUUACCAAAGAUGCCACAUGGGCCAGCAGCAGCCCUGGAGCCUUGAAUUCCUCUGGAAGAGGAGACGAGGUAGCUCUGCACCCUACAUUCUCCCCUACCUGAUAUAUAUCCUCUUUCUUUAAUUAAAAAAACAAAAAAAACAAAAAAACAAACGGCAAAAGCCGACACCAUAGGACUGUGGCACAGGAAUUAAGCAGCAUCUGAGAAAUCUUAAAGGACCAGCUUUAGUUUCCUAGGCUGGAGUUCAGCAUUUUUGGAAGGGCCUGGGACACACUCAGUAUGUUCUUCUACCUCUUAUUCUCUUAACUUCCUCAGUCACCAGGGCUGAAAAAAUAGCAAAUGAGAAAUAGUGGAAAGGAAGGGAAUGCCCCAGAUGUAAAUAACAUUGUAAAUUUCUACAGAUAUACGUAUUACGUAUAAUGUGUAUAUAGAUAGUGUAUAUUUUUGUGCUCAUUUCUGUAUA